AUGGACUCAGAUACAGAUUCGAUCGACCGUCCCGUUGAGACUAAACAAAAGUCUCGAAGACCCCCUAAUACAGCAUUUAGACAGCAACGUCUUAAAGCAUGGCAGCCUAUUUUAACUCCUAAGACAGUGCUGCCCCUAUUUUUCUGUAUUGCUAUUAUUUUUGCUCCUAUUGGUGGUUUACUACUAUACGCGAGCAAUCAAGUACAGGAAAUAGUCAUUGAUUACAGUUAUUGUUCUCAACAAGCUCCUACGGACAAUUUCGCGAACAUUCCAAGUAGAUUUGUAUCUUCGCAGACCUUUAGUGGCGGUAAGCAACCAGCCAAUCCUCCUCAAUGGAAGCUACAAGUCAAUCAUGAUACCACUCCUGGAGCGGACAAUGCUACAUGCUUUUUGAGGUUUGACGUGCCUACUGAGAUGGGUAAUCCUAUUUUCAUGUUUUACAGACUGACCAACUUCUUCCAAAACCAUCGUCGUUAUGUUCAAUCAUUCAACGAGGACCAGUUGAACGGCAAGGCUGUUAGUGCCAGCUCACUCAAGAGUCCUGAUGACUGUAAACCUUUGACGUUGGCCCCUGAUGGAAGACCCUAUUAUCCAUGUGGUUUGAUUGCUAACUCGUGGUUUAACGAUUCGUUCUCUUCUCCUGUUCUUCUUAAUGCAGCCGGAUCCAGUCGUGAUAAUGAAACUUAUGUUAUGACUGAUAUUGGUAUCGCCUGGUCUACUGAUCGUAACAGAUUUAAGAAGUCUCAGUAUAAGAACGAUGAGGUUGUCCCCCCACCAAACUGGAUCAAACGUUAUCCAAAUGGAUACAACGACGACACUCCUAUUCCUGAUAUCUCUACUUGGGAAUCGUUCCAAAACUGGAUGAGAACUGCUGGUUUGCCCACCUUCUCUAAAUUGGCCCUCAGAAAUGACACAGCUCCUCUAGGAACAGGUACUUAUCAAGUUGCUAUCGGUCUCAAUUUUGAAGUUCUUGAAUUCAAUGGAUCCAAGUCACUGGUGCUGUCUACUCGUACAGUCAUCGGAGGACGGAAUCCAUUCCUUGGCAUCGCGUAUCUGUGCGUUGCUGGUCUCUGUUUUGUCCUUGGCAUCCUGUUCCUCAUCAAGCACCUUAUCAAGCCCCGUAAGCUGGGCGACCAUUCUUACUUGUCGUGGAACCAGGAGCCUGCUGCUGCUGGCCAGGCCACUGGAACAGACCAAGGCAAUCUUCAGCAAAGAAGACAUAUUUAA